UGCAAAACAUCCUCACCACUCGCUCCCUUGUCUACACCUUUAGUGUGAACACCUCUCCCCUAUAUAGCUUUGCCCCUCACUAGCGAAAACAGCAAAAACAUCAAUUUUUGCACACAAGGAUUAGCAUCUGAAUUGCCAGCUUCUCUUCUGUCACCCCUCGCAAGUCCGGACAAAAUCACUGAUCUCUAGUUUCGCCACUAUAGCAUCAGUAGCACAUUGCCGCCCUGAGAAUCGCCCCUUAAUCUCAAACCCAAAGUCAAAGCCCCGGACCGCCUUGAUCACAGAUAACCAGUCCACAUAAUCCCAGCGGCUGUCCUUGCUCAAGACCUAGGAUCUCCCGCCUUUAAUCACGCCCUAGCUGCCUGAAAAUCACACUCGUACACACACACAACCCAGCGGAACAAUGAAUAACGAAUACGACUACUUGUUCAAGUUGUUGUUGAUUGGAGACUCCGGUGUCGGAAAGUCCUGCUUGUUGUUGCGUUUUGCCGACAACACAUACACGCAGGACUACAUCUCGACGAUCGGUGUAGACUUCAAAAUCAGGACGAUCGAGCUCGACGGCAAAACCAUCAAGUUGCAGAUUUGGGACACCGCCGGCCAGGAGAGGUUCCGUACCAUCACGUCCUCGUACUACCGCGGUGCGCACGGCAUCAUCAUUGUGUACGAUGUCACGGACCAGGAGUCGUUCAACAACGUCAAGCAAUGGUUGCAAGAAAUCGACCGCUAUGCCACCGGCGGCGUGAUGAAGUUGCUUGUAGGAAACAAGGCCGACUUGUCCGAUAAGAAGGUGGUGGAGUACACCGCUGCCAAGGAGUUUUCCGAGGCCUUGGACAUCCCCUUUUUGGAAACAUCGGCGCUCUCGUCAUCCAACGUCGAGCAGGCUUUCUUCACCAUGGCCAGACAAAUCAAGGCGCAGAUGACCAACAAUGCGGGCGCCGCAUCGUCGGCCGGAAACACUAAGUCCAACAUCAACUUGAAGGGCCAGUCUUUGACCAACAACCUGAACAGCUCCUGUUGUUAAGCAUACAGACGUUUCUGCCGAAGACCUCCGAUCGAUGCAGCAGGGCUCCUUCCUACUGAUUUCAAGGCCACUCUAAGUCUGUGGGACUGACGCCUGUUGGAAUGGCAUGUCAUGGUUAGUUGGCUAGAGGACUCCAAGUGUUUGCGGGCCAUGUAAGUCAACGCCACGGU